AUGCCCCCUCGCCGCACCCGAGCAGCCGUGAAGGCGGAGUCGCCCGAGCCCGAGCCCGAGCCCGCCGCGCCAGCCUCGCCAUCAGAACCAUCAGAACCAUCCGCUGGCCCAAGCAACGACGCAUCUGCGUCCACGAGCAAAGGCAAGAGCAAGGCACGAGCUGCACGUCACCAGCCGCUCGUCGCCGAAUCCGCGCCCUCUCCGCAGCCUGAAGUAGACGAAGCAAAGGUGUCCAUGGCGGACCGGCAGGCGCGCUUGACGGCGCUGCGAGCGCGGAUGGCAGCGUCGACCAAAGCCAACCGACGCGACAUUCUCUCGGAGCAAUCGCGCGCGCGUGCGGUGGCUGCCGAGAUGCGCGGCCCGUCUGCAUCACGCAAGCUGCAAAAAGCGGAAAAGGUGCUGGAGGAGCGCGACCUUCGCGAAUCAGGAGAGGACGUGGAGCGACAUCGGAACAUGCAGUACUCGCUCGAAGACUCGGAGCGCUGGGAUGCCAAGCAGGAGCAAAAGCAGAAGCGCAUCGAUCAAGGCCAGGCGGACUUUGGUGAUGCGGCCGAAAAAGCGUACCAGCGCCAGCUGAGGUCGCUCAAACCGGACGUGGCUGCGUACAAGCAGCAGCGCGAUGCAGAUCAGAGCGCACGAAAGGCGACCGGCAAAGCAGUGGUGCUUGGAGGCGAUGAGAUCUACUAUGGCGAUCACAGGCCUUCGGACGAUGCACUGGAUAGGGUCGUUUCGCAUCUGAACAAGGAGCGAGAGCUGAUUCAGAAUAGGAGCAGACGGAGGCAGGAUGCGGACGACGACCAGGUCAACUACAUCAACGACGACAACAAGCACUUUAACAAGAAGCUCAAGCGCUUCUACGAUAAGCAGACGCAGGAGAUCAGGGAGAAUCGCGCGGUGUCGGACAUGCUUGCACUGCUGUGCGGGCGCAUGGUCAACUUCAAGUGGCGCUACGACUAG